CUCGCGAUUCAAAUCGAAUUUGGACUUCGCAGGGGACGUUUCCACAGGCGUUCGUCGGAGAAAACACGGGAAAACACGGGAUAAACUCGGGAAGGAAUUUACCAUUUCGGAACUCGGCUUUUCGGCCUUUCGUUGCGCGCGUGCUUGUCUGUGUGUGUCUCGAUAUUAUUGUUGCUGCGCUGCGUCGGUGUGUGUGUGCAUUUGAGCCACGGAGAAAUUGUUAACAAAUACAAAAAAGUAAAAGAAAACGAAAAAAGAAUAAACCGGUUCCUUAUUUUCUGCUUCAGCUUCUUCUUCUCCUCGUCGCCUGCAAUUGCCUUUUCGUCAUUCGUAAUAACCAAAAUCGAAUUCGUUUCGCCAGCGCAAUUUUAAUUUCUUUUCGGUUUUUGACCACCCGUUCUUCGGUGCGAAAGUAACAACAACCAAAAGAAGGCAUAAACUAUAUGUAGCAUUGCAAAAUUAACCAAAUUUUUUUUACUGUGCCCCAAAACGAAUACGAAAAAUUCCAACGAAUCAGUGAGUGCAAGAAAUCAAGGAGAUAAAGUUGCGAAUUAAAAUCCAGUGCCAAAAAGUGAGAGAAAUACGAGAAACAAAACAAAAGUUGCAAAUUUACCGAAAAAUUUAAACAGCAGAACACACACACACACGGACACAAAAAGGAGGAAGAAAGCAUAAAUUUGGUAACUUGGGGGCAUCUGGUGGAUGCACAGAGUCCGGAGUUUUCGGGACUGCAGGACCAGGUGGAAAAACAAAAGUGGAAGGUCGGUGUAAUUGAACGGCAACAUCGGCGAGCAGAAGAACAACAACUGGAGAGCGUAAAACAUAAACAGACAGUUUUUAAAGCGCCUCUGUUCACAGAAUUCUACUCGUUAACGCAAUCCGCGAAAUACUUGCUGAAGAAGGAGUUUGUAUAGAGAUUCCAGAAGGUUGGAGAGCAGCAAGCGUUACUGGGAAACUUCUUCAAAAAUUUCGAUGAUGCCCGACUUCUGUUGCUGCUAAAUACGCCGAAUUUCUCACCGAGAAAGCUGAGAAAGCUGAGCAGACCGAAAGUCCGUACGAAUUUGAUAUUGAAAGCACAAUGUAUCCGGCCAGCGGCAGUGGAGGAGGCAGUGCAGCGACCGCUGCUAAGUUCCAGAAUCGCUGCGGAUCGCCGCAGUUUGCCAGCGACUAUCCGCACCCACAUCCGCACCAGCAUCCGCACCAGACGACAUCGGUGGCGGUGCACAGUGCCCCGCCCGGAGUGAGUGGUGGCUCCAUAGCCAGCGGUGGGUCCAUGUCCAUGCGUCACGGCCAGCGGGUGGUGGCCUCAGCCCAUCAGCAUCCCAGUCAGAUGACCCUGAACCACGGCGGCAUGGGACACAACCACGGCAUGGGCAUGGCCAUGGGAAUGGGUCACAACCAUGGACAUGCGGCGGCCACCUUGGGCCAUCCGCACUCGCAUUCGCACAACAACAGCAGCAGCAGCAGCAGCCACGGACAUGUGGGCUCGCAUCUGAUCUUCCCCGACGACAUGGACAGCAUCGAGUUCUGCAUGCCGGCGGCGCCCUCCUCCUCGUCCGCCUCCUCGCAGAACGGUCUCGGGAUCGGGGACCAGUUGCUCUUGGGCAGCAGUCACGGCGAGGCGUUCACGGAGCGCCGAAGGAGGGGUCACAGCCGGCGCAGCAACCAUAAGAUGGACGUGGAACAGCAGGUUAAGUGGUCUCGCAAAAACAUCGCCGCCACCAUGGAACGCUUCGAGCCCACGACCAACACACAGUCCUCGUCGUCCACUUCAUCGCUGGACUAUGGAUUUGCAGCCGGCGUGAUGACGCCCAGUGGCAGCAGUGCUACGGCCUCGCAUGGCGGUGGCGCCUCCAAUCCCUCACUGCACGUGGCCUUCAACGGAGGCGGUGGAGCAGUGGGCGGUGGUUCAGCCUCGACAUCAGGAGCUAGUGGUGUCAGCGGCUCGGGAGCAGCUGCAGCGGCGGCGCCCUUCAAUCAUGUCUAUUCGUAUGCUUACUACGAACCGGGGGCAGCCAAGUGUCACACCAAUGUGCCUGCCGCCCAAGGAGCUGGUCCUGGACAGGGUCAGGCCCACCAGGUGCAGUCGAAGAGCCCGCCGCGCAACUCGAUACGCGCCCUGCUGGCCAAGAGCUUCCGCUCGAAGAGCAGCACCAACCAUGGCGGACAGUCCACAUCCAGUUCUCCGAGUGCCGAGGAGCGGGAUCGCCACACGUAUACCACUCGCUACGGCACCACCGAGAACCUGUACGAGGAGGUCAGCGAUCAAAAGAUCCGCAAGGUGCUGUCCGACAACCGGAUCGCCAGUGGCUCCAGUGCGGGCAAUGUGAAAGAGGAGCAGCGCCGCGUGCAGCACAACCACUUUAGGGUGCUCGACGAGCUAAAUCUCUCGCUGGAGGCCCUAAUAAUGCCGCCGACACCGCCGGACGUCAGUCCCAGUCACGCCAUGGGCGCCGAUGAGCCAAGCACCUCGAUGUCCGCUGGUGCAGUAGGUGGAUCGGCAGUGUCCAGCGUGGUGGCGGGACCCUCGAAGACCGCCCAAAGACCCCGACGCGGCGGCCUCCUGGGCGGUGCGGCUGGGGCAGGGGGCACCUCGAACUCGAGCUCCGCCUCGCACGCCAGCCUGGAGAACUUAUCGAGCACCCUAAACAGCAUGGAGCUCAAGGAUCACGGCCACAGUAGCUGCAUCAAUCCGGAGUUCGAUGAGGGCGACCUCGACUCCGGCUUCAGUGGCAGCGGCAGCAGCAGCGGCGCCAGCUACAACGAGAGUCUGCGGUACUACAAGUCCGCCACGCCCACCGGACCGAUGCACCACCAUCACAACCACCAGCAGCAACAGGCGAUGCACCACCACAGCCUGAACAACAACACCUUGCCGCACAACCUGCGCAGCUGCCGAUCCUCCACAGCCUCGGGCACUUCCACAUCGAAGAGCAGCAUGGCCAGCUGUGGCGAGGAUCAGGGCAUCGGCAUGACCUUGGCUGUGGGCGGCGGCGGUGGUGGUGGCAUGAUGACGCCAAUGCACGAGGGAUCCGGCGUUGUGGGCGCCGGUUCCUUGUCGCCCUUCAACUAUCCACGCCGCUGCUCGGCGGACCAGCAGCGCGCUUCGGGCAGAUCGAUGGCCUCCGCCGUGGGCGUUGGACCCGGUGUGGGCAUGGCCGUCGGCGGCAUGGGCGGCGGCAGCAUGAGCAUGAGCAGCAGCAGCAACGUGGCCCUGUCCACGGGCGCGAAACCCAAGAAGAACUUCUGGACCAUGAAACCGUGAUGCUACAAAAAGGCGCUGCGUCACAUUUGCAAGAAAUGGACUAUUGUUAUGGAAUACAAUACAAAGACUGCCUCAUGCCAUGCCAUCCACUAUUACCACCAACCCAACAGCGGCAGCAGCUAUAGCAACUACAGUAGCCGU